CUCUCCGGCAGUAUGAGAAAUUAUUUAACCAGGCACAUUAGGUGUUUGGGGUUUUCCUAAUUAGAAUUUUACGUUUGCUUUUUAUUAAAGUGUAUUGGUUUAUCUCUAAUUGGCAGUCUUAGAUAGCUUCAUUUUGUAGUUUUUUCCUGUGUUAAAUAUUUCUUGGUCUGUAAACAGACACUGAACGAAAUGUUACUUAAAGGGACGUUGUGAUUAUUUAUAAGGUGAAUAAUUCGCCUUCCACUUAUUUGGUUUUCUUUAUUGUGAAAUAGUUUAAUUUUAUGCAUAAUCCACUCCUCCGUUCCCCUCCCACACUGGUAAAGCUGGUACUCUAGUGACAUGUCCACAGAGGUCUUCCCUUACCCCGCAGUUCGAGGCUCUAAACUCUUUCAGAUCGCAGAGCUUCUGCUCUGUUUUCCUCCUGCUCUAAAUCCCAGCAUCCUCUACCUCUUAAAAGCCCUGUUCUUCGGGAAGCCGCCUCCCGACUGCUUUUAUUUCCCAGUAUUUUGAAGCCUGAAUACCAGGGCUUACUUGGGAAAAUCUGUUCUUUGGCCUCAAGAAGCAGAAUCUAGUGAAGGAGACAGAAAAAUAGAGUAACAUCAAUGAUAAAUACUUAAACCAGUGACAUACAGGGCCUGUGGGAACAUAAAGCUUCUAACCAAGCAGAGUGGAUGGGGGGCCUGAUGAAAUGUGGCAACUGUGGUGAGAUUUCAGACAAGUGGCAGUACAUCCGGCUGAUGGACAGUGUGGCACUGAAGGGGGGCCGUGGCAGUGCUUCCAUGGUCCAGAAGUGCAAGUUGUGUGCAAGAGAAAAUUCCAUCGAAAUUUUAAGCAGCACCAUCAAGCCUUACAAUGCUGAAGACAAUGAGAACUUCAAGACAAUAGUGGAGUUUGAGUGCCGAGGCCUUGAACCAGUUGAUUUCCAGCCUCAGGCUGGGUUUGCUGCUGAAGGUGCGGAGUCGGGGACAGUCUUCAGUGACAUUAAUUUGCAGGAGAAGGACUGGACUGACUAUGAUGAAAAGGCCCAGGAGUCUGUGGGAAUCUACGAGGUCACCCACCAGUUUGUGAAGUGCUGACCCCUCUUCCUGCACACUUGAACUGAGAAAGGACAAAGUACUCUAAGCAGCAGAGCCCACAGGGGCUGGUUCCUUUGUCCCUUGUCUCCUGGCGGCUGUACCAAACAUUCACAAUCUGCAUGUUGGACUUUAUUGCAGCUUCCCAAGCCCCAUCAAAAAAGCCCCUGUUCGUGCUGCACUGGUGCGUGAAGGUGAAGUCAGGUGGCAGCUGCUCCCUCCACAAAUAGGAACUCAUGCAGCAGCAGUUUACUCCUUAGGAAAAUGAAGAGUAUUUUUAAGGAGAUGGAAUCUCCUCAGUGAGGGGCAAGUUUGUAGAGAAGACGAAACUGCAAUCCCACCAUCACUCAAUGAGCCAGAAGCCAAUGGCAACUUACUGUAACCCGAACUUACUGAACUUGCUGUUGGAAAGAUCUUUGUGAGGAUUAGGAAUUAGGUUUUAAAAAAUUAAGAACCAUCUUCAAGCAAAAAUAAAACUUUAUUUCCGCAUAAACAAUAAAUAGACCUGAGUUAGUUUUCCAAACCCUUCCUCCUGAUUAAAUGCACUUAAAACUGAAA